GAUGGAAAAACUCUACCCAGGCAGAUAAGAGGGAAGCUUGCGCCAAGUGGGUCUCAUCCUGACUUUGACUACUAUGACUAUUUACUUGGUCUUGAUGAGGAGGACUAUGUAGUGCAUAAUAAGAUAUCGCCAGAUGAAGUGGACAGACGUUUAUCUCCUCUUACCAUAAUACUUGAAAGAGACAAGACGCAGGAGGAGCUCUUGGAUGUGGCCCAGCACCUUGUAAAAGAACAUCCCGAACUCAUCCCAUCAGCAAAAGAACUUCUGGAGGCCAUUCAGUCUGAUGAAGAAAAGCAUGCUAAAAAAGUGAUGGAGCUUUUGAAAAACCAACACGUUCUCCAAGGUUUCGUGGAAAUUUUUGCUGAGGGUUACGCUGUUCUCAGGACUGUAGACAUACUAGCAGAGCAUGUGCUGGAGGGCAGAACCGUUGCUAAUAGGGUGGCUCGUAUUAGACGAGAUCCCCUUUUGCCUCGAUGUGUCUCGGCCAAAGAGGACGUGCUUAUGAUGAAGGGAGCCUUGUGCAUUUUAGUCGGGUUCUGGAUUGAUCGAAGACUAGAAAAUUGGCUUAAUGAACGGGCCUUUAAACUCG